GCGUGUGUGUGUGUAAGAGAGAGAGAGAGAGAGAGAGCGCUGAUCCUGCUCACCAAACUCUCCCCUGCAAUCCGGAUGGGAUGUAGAUGAAGAGACAGGCCAUUCCACAGCAUUCCCAACUGGGAGGAGAAUACAUCGCGCGCGCAAGGAUAUAUAUAUGAUGCUAAUGAUGUGCCACACAACUGUGAAUGAAUCUCUGUGGAUUAACGCUGCACUUUACAGCUCGUUUUUUGUAGUUAAACGAUCUCCGUCCAGUUUUUCAGUCUCGUUCCAGAGGACAGCAGAUGGGACCGAAUAGGCUGUCCUUUUUUCACAAAUUUAAGAACCAAAACAGCAAUGGAUGCCAUGCCAGAGUAUUCCCUCUUCCUCGUGAGGAUUUUGGAGGAAUUGGAUACCAAGUACAAUACUGUUUCAUAUCAAGAUCUUUGUAAAUCCCUGUGUGCCAGAUUUGACCUGGUCCAUUUGGCUAAGCUGAGGAGUUUGCUAUUCUACACAGCAUGCUUGGAUCCAGCUUUUCCAGCAACCUUAUUCAAAGACAAGAUGAGGUGCUCGGUAGAGGACCAGCAGUCCAAGAAGUUAAUGGUGGCGGCAGACAUUGUCACCAUGUUUAACCUAAUCCAAAUGAAUGGAGGUAUGGCCAAAGACAAGCUGCCGGUGGGUCAAAGACCUAAAUUUCACAAGAACCAGUCUUUCGAGUCCUGUCGAUCUGAUAGUGACGUAUAUAAAUUUAGCGACAACGACAGGGCGUACAAUCUCUUGGACACCAGGGGUCAUCAUGUGUCUCGGAAUUCACCCCGCCCUAAGUCCGACUGUAACAACUGCCAGCGGUUCAUUCCAACCUCAGACCCCAACUUCCUCUUGGGAGUCACCAAGGAUCUAAAAUGUAGGGCAGCAUCACUGGAUAAGCUACAGCAUCUGCCACAGUACUCCAAUGUCAGUCCUCCAUGUGAGAUGCAGAGUACUUACUUUCCCAUGGACAUUGACAGCGAGUCUACAACGGACCAGGACUCUCUGCGUGUUAAUUCAGGUGUGAAGGAUGCUUUCAUGUCCAGAGGAGAGCCAUUUACUGUGCACUCGUGUGUGCAAAAGCGAAAUAUUUUCAAAGAGGAUUUUCACAACCUUGUUGCCUUUUCACCCAAUGUGAUCACCACAGAGUGCAGAGCAAAAUCCAAAGUGGGAGGAGAUUACCAUCGGAGGGAGCUGAACAAGCCUCCCACCUUCUUUAAUCACAGUUUUGAGCUGCCAUACAGCAACCCUUACUUUGAACCCGUCAACUCACCCAUCCAGAACAAAGGGCGUGUAAAGCACGAGAGUCUGGAUGACUUGCAGGCAUCCACUUAUUUUGGACCUACAACAGUCUCUGAGUGUGUGAGCAACAGGAGGACUUCUAGCAAGCAUGGCAAACCGCCAGCCUGGCCUGUAAAGAGCUUGAGCCUCAAUACUGAAGAAGCUCCUGACUUUGAGAGGUCCUUCUUGAACGACAAAGUGGCAAAGGACAAUCAUCGCCUUAACAUCGGCGUCAUGAACAACGAUCAACAGUUUCAGUGUGCAAAAGAAAAACCCACUGCCUCUCCCUCAGGUUUCUCCAAGAAGUCCAAUGGAAUCAAAACAAAAGAAAUGACUUCGGUGGCCUGUGGACCCAGUGUUGAGAAAAGAGAGGUUGGAAAAAGGUAUAAGGACAAGAACAUCAACUGCCCAUCGUUUCAGCCAGGUAAUGUGGACAAUGGUAUGAGUGUAGGCACACAGACCGAAAAACCUGACCACAGGAAACUAAAAGAUUUCACUAGUCACACCAAAUAUGGAGAGAGGCCCCCCUUCAAACACUCAGAUGAAGAUUCUGAGAUUGUCAGUGAUGAUAUUAGCGACAUCUUCCGCUUUCUGGAUGACAUGAGUGUGUGCGACUCUAUUGGCGUUGUGCAGUCAUCAUGCUACAACAGCAAUGGCUCACUGUCUCAGGUCACAAAAUCAGAUGGUGACAGCUCACCCGAACAUAACACGAUCAAGCUGGGCAAAACUGGCAUCAAGCUCGAUCACCUCUUUCAGACGCUGGAAAACUCAGACGAUGAACUCAAAGAGAGUGUUUUCAAGCUGGUUCUCAAGAUUGGUGAGAUCGAAAAGAAACUCGAGUCUCUUUCGGGGGUGCGGGGUGAGAUUUCGCAGGUGCUCUCGAAGCUUAACAAGCUGGAUGAGAAGAUUCAAGAACCGGAGCCAAAUGGGAAAACAACCGAUAACGGCAUUGUGGAGCAGAUUAAGACUGAUGUAAACCUCUCUCCUCACGUAUUCCAGUGUCACACCACAGGACACAAUAUAAAGGUAGAAAAAAGUCCAGAAUGGCGUUGCUCAGAGGCCGACGAGAGCGAAAGCCUAAGGGUAAAAGCAUUAAGGAAAAGCAUGUUUACACGCAGGUCAUCCAGAUCGUUAACUGAGGAAAAUAGUGCUACCGAGUCCAAAAUAGCUAGCAUCACUAACUCACCUCGAGAUUGGAGGACUGUUUCUUAUUCCAACCAUACAGGGGAAGAAGGAAAAGAAAGAGAGCGACAUAGUGAAGGAAAAGACAGACACAGGAAACCAAGAGAGACAGAUCGACAGUAUGAAGCCCACCAGGCACACCGUUCCUCAAAGCCGCCCAAGGACUCCUACCUGGUUGAGCAGGUGUUCAGCCCGCACCACUUCCCUUCCGCAGUCAAAUCUCAUGUAAAGGGCAGCCCUCUCUACACGGAUCUGCGGCUGACCGGCCUUGCUGAUGCCAAGCGUUCCCAGCCCUCCUGGACCAUAGAAGAAUUCAAACGCAACUCAGGAGACAAGAACAAGCUCAGCGCAUUGGACUUGCAGGUCCAGGAUUCACUCAACCCCAACAAUCUAGAAUACUGGAUGGAAGACAUCUACACUCCGGGUUAUGAUUCGCUGCUCAAACGCAAAGAGGCGGAGUUUCGCAGGGCCAAGGCAUGUAAGAUCGGUGCGCUGAUUGCUGCGGCAGCCUGCACUGUGAUACUGGUCAUCGUAGUGCCCAUUUGCACCAUGAAGUCUUGAGGUUUCUUGUAUUAUGUGGAUUUGUGUUUGUAUAAUUUUAUCUUUACUGGGUAAACCUGGGACACUAGAGAACUUUUUGUCGAGUUUCUCGAUUUAAUAUUUUAGUCUGUUAUUAGGUCUAAUUUGAGCCACUGGCCUUUUUGGGAAUGUCAUUCAAAGUAUAUUAUAACAGAGAAUUCACUAUGAAAUUUGAUGUUUGUCUUUUUUAUUUAUAAUAGUCAAUAUUUAUACUUUGAAUAUAGUAGAUAACCUUACUAAAGAUUCAGAGGUGCACACUUGUUUUAUAGUCCAAUAUAUUAUGUACCAAUAUGUUUUAUGUCUGCUUUUUCUGGUACUGCAAUAGAAACUGGAGGGAAAGCUUUUUUGUUUAAGCAUAUUAUAUUUUUUACCAUACUAUGAUUAUAAGAAUUAAAACAAAUGUUAUUUUGACUACACAAGCAGAAUGUUUCAGAGAAGAGAGGCAUUUAUCUUUGGAGAAUUUUGGAAAGGCUGGGUUGUGUGCAAUGCCUUUUUCUAUAAAAUCUAUAUAAUUCAUUGCCACAUGCAUUAAGUGAGACCACAUUAUGUAUUCGAGAAUACAAAUGUAAGUGAUUGUAUUGAAGGGCGAUCAAGAGUUUUGAGGUGCAAUAAAAUGAUGUUUACUCAUCAUUUUAUUAGUGACAUAGUUUUGAUUUAGGGAUGCACCGAAUGUUCGGUAACUGUCGGGCGAGGUUGGGCCCCCUACUACACCAAUUUUGCACCAAAAAUACGAGCCAACCUAGCUAUCUAAAUAUUUGUCUACAAUUUAAUAAUACACACCUAUUAUUUUUGGUAUUGCUUUUGACCACUAUUAUCAGUUUUGACAAUUGAAACUAUUUGUCUGAAAGCAGCCAAAAGUAUCCCAGCCUUGUUUAGCUGGUUACAGCCAGGUUUUAGAGGGGUUUUAGAAACUUUUUAGUUGGUCUUAGCUGACCAGGCUGACGCACCAGCUUAAAAAAGCUUGACUUUGUUCAAAGAAAUCCUCCGUUGUGUGGUGUCAUUUGCAAUUAUUUGACUGCUCCCGAUUGUAUUUAUAAGGCAUGUAGGCCUCUUACUCAAUGCUGGUUGCUGUUUGGUCAUGCCAUCACAAAUUUUAUUGUUUGGUAAAAUUUAAACAGUGUUUUAACUAAUGCUUGGUACACACCAAAAUAUUUUUUUACAUCUUAUAAGAUUUUCAAAAUGUGAUAGACCACAAACAUGAGGAUAAAAAAUCCUAGAUUUAACCAUUUUGCACCUAUAGUGUGUGGUGUGCCAUGAUGUGUCAAAUACAGCACAACACACACUAACAGUUUUUCAACCAUGAAAAACUUGACCAUGUCUUGACCAUGAACACAGUCUUGACCAUGAACACAGGAAAUCUUGCGAGACUUCUGAAUAAGCAUGGCUGACGAUAUGCAGGAAGAAAUUUCAAUUAAUGUGUUUGGAAUGAUUUUCAAAAAAAAAAAAAAAAAUCAAGGGAAAAAAGGAAAGGAUUUGGUUGAAGUCAUGGAGACAGCGGAAACAUGGUCUGUACAAGUUAACUUUGCAUCAACUUCAAUUUGUAAUGCACUAUGACUGCUUCCGUCUUCCAUCAUCUCACUUUCUGAUUGGAUAUUGUUUCGUUUCACGUGAUAAUCUCAAGAGCGUGCAUGCGGGGUUCCCCACAAACAUCAGGAUUUCUGAUCGUAAAGAUUAAACAUGUUUAAUAUUUACAAUUCGUUAUCGGGGCGGCUCCGACGUUCUUCUGAUCAAGUUCGGACACUUUUAACACACCUUACACCAAGGGAAAAUCUGAUAAGAUAAUUUGUAGAACCAUCAAGAUAAUUGGGACAUAGCUAGGAUUGUCAGAAGGGGGGAAAUCGGCUAAAAAUCAGCCCGGUUAUCUUUUGGUGUGUACCAGCAUUAUUCGGCCGAAUGCUUUUUUACCGUUAUUUUCAGGCAAAUAGUUUCAGUUGUCGAACAUUCAUUGCAUCCCUAUAUUAGUGAGGUCUGUAUUCAAAAACUAAAUUGUAGCAUAGCUGCUUACAUUUUGAUUGUGAUUAUCUUUUGCCUUGUUAUAUCAUAACUAAUCUUAAUAUACUUGAAUUGCUAAAUUACUUUUAGCUAGCUCAGUUUGUUUUGAAAGUGAAAUGUUGCUUUUUGCACUCAUUUAUUUUAUUAAAAUUGAAAUACUGUGAACUACAAAAUUUUAUUUACACCUGUAGUAAGAACGGUGAGAGUGGUAAAAUAGUAGGACUGUGAAUGAAAACUGGCUGUUGGUCAAAAAUUAUAUUUCAUCGUGACUCUGUUCCAAAAUGCUGUUUACUGCCUACAUAAGCAGCUGACUUCUUAGGCAAAACCUCAGAAGUCACUGAUUUAGAAUAAUCUACAUAAGCAGUGACACCAUUCGCUCCCAAAGACUUGCCCUUUAAAUUAUUUCAUCUGAGUUUGGUGUGAGCGUGAUGCUAAGCUAAUGACGCAACACCCAAAUAAGCAUAACACUACAUAGCACACUGACAAUGUACAAUAGAAAAGGUGUUUAUUAUUUUAGCAUAGAGAAUUAUUGUAUAUUUUUUAGUAUUAAAUGAAAAUGCAUUUAUAAUCAACAUUUGCCACCUGCAUUGGAAUUUGGCUCCAAAAACAUAUCUAUUUUCAUUUUCAAAUUUUCAUUGAAGCGUUUGGUAGACACUUUUAUCUGAAGCAAUUUACAGUGCAUUACAAGGUAUACAUUUUUAUAAGUAUGUGUGUUCUCUGGGUAAAAACCUAUGACCUUUGCGCUCCUAUAAAUGGUCUACCACUAAGCUAUACAGGAGUAAAUGCAGCAUGAUUGUAUUUAAUGUACUGUAAUGGGAGUGUCUAUGAUGUGUUACAUUGUUGCUGCUUACUAUACUGUAGGCAGCAUACUAGGUUUUGGAAAAGAGUCACAAAACAUUGUAACAUCCACUUAAAAUUUACAGGUUAUUCAGUCUAUGUCAUAAGGAUACUUGGCUAUACAAUUAUUUCUGAAGCUACUCACUUCCACAACAACAACCUGACCUAAUGUUUCCUUUACAUGAUCAAAACAUUGGCCUCCCUGCUGAAAAAGACAGCAUCAAACCAGCAUGGACCAGCAUGGGAAUUAUGCUGGUUUGAUGCUGGUUUAGCUGGUGGUCACCAGCAUACCAGCACCAAAACACAACAUAUGCUGGUCUUGUUGGUAUGACCAGCAUGGGACGUUGGUUCUACUGCUGGUUUGGUGCUGGUUUAGCUGAUGUUAAUGCUAGUUUGGUGUUGGUUUAGCUGGUGCUGAUGCUGGUGCUGAUGCUGGUUUAGCUGGUGUUCACUAUCAAACCAGCACCAAAACACAACAUAUGCUGGUCUUGCUGGUAUGAUGUUUUUUUCAGCAGAGCUGUCUUUGUACAGUAGUUUGAUGGCAGGUUUGGUACCCUGAAUUUUAAAGGUGAAGUUUGUAAUUCCCUCAAUGAUGAAAUAUUAUACUUUCUCCUGUACCAUUAUAAUGUGCAGAAAGAGUCUAAAUGGGUGGCACAGCGGCUCAGUGGGUAGCACUGUUGCCACACAGCAAGAAGAUCCUUGGUUUGAGACCUUGCUAUGUCAUGUGGCCUUUCUGUGUGGAGUUUCAAUGUUCUCCCUCUGUCAGUGUGGGUUUCCUCCUGGGUACUCCGAUUUCCUCCCACAGGACAAAAACAUGUAAGUUAUGUCGAGUUCAGACCGCACUACUUUCAAAGUAGUCGAGUCACAGAUCUUUUCACACUGCAUGAUUAUCUGGGGUAGCGUGCAGUCGUUGCUGUGUUGACACUGCACUAUGGAUUGGCAACGAGUUUUUGUAACAGUCAGAAGAAAAAAAGAAGAUUGUAAAGGAGGAAAUGGUUGGAGAGACUCCUCCCUGAACUUCCAGCUAUGUUGCUCUAUCAUUGGCUGUACAUCUCUGAUGUUAUUUUCAGUCAGAACACAUUUCACUUGCCGAUUCUCUCAGAUCGCGUCUUUGACAAUUCACACUAUUUGAUUGUCCCUCACGUGAACAAGCACCGAUUUGCCUGUGAUUUCAGGUAUUUGUCUGCGAUUUCUCAAAACUUGCCAGCGAGUCAAAAUUGGGGCAUAAAUCGUGCCAUCUGAACUCGGCAUUAGGUGAAUUUGAGAUACGGAAUUUGCCCCUCCCCAACCUGUAUAGUAUAUGGAUUAACUGGUUCUCGCCAUGUAUUUAGCCAUAUAUGAUGAAAUGGUGGAAAAAAUAAAUAAAGAGGAAGACAAAGAGUCUAAACACUGUGGCAUUUUCAAAACACUGAGCAACGAUGGGAUUGGUAGAAGUGUUUGAAAGCACCCAUCAUUUUUUGCUGUUCCAUUUAAUGGUGAAAGUGACCUAGAAAUUACAGACUUCACCUUUAAGAUACUUUGGAUAUGCACAUGGAGUGUUGAUAUUACAACUUCUGCUACAAUGCUGUAGACUUCUGUGAAAUGUAUUUUCACUGUAGUUUUGCAACAUUAGAAUAAAAAAUUAAAAGGCUUAUCCAAAAAAAAAUUAUUAUGCCAUUUAAUUGAUCAUAAAAUUUCAAAUCAGUUUAAAAAAAAACACACAUACAUACAAAUUUCUAUUAAUGAUUGAAGUGAACUUUCAUUUUUGGUUUAACAACUCUUUAAAUCAGCCCAACCAAUAUUUAGGUCAUUGAAUGUGACCUUUUAUUUAAUGUGCAGGUGACCAUGCCUUUGACACAGGUACUGUGUGUAGUAGCACGCUGUAGGACCAUGUAAAUAAUUUCAGGUUCAAAGUGCAUUGUGUCAAUCAAAUGUAUUCUAAUAAAUCUCUUACUGUUCA